AUGAGUCAUGAUACUCAAAGCGACGGAGGGAAGAGAGCUGUGUCGAUGGCAUCCUCGAGCAUGUAUACCGGAUAUGUAGCGGGCGUCUUCUCCGGUAUCGCGAAGUUGAGUGUCGGUCAUCCUUUUGAUACCAUCAAAGUGCGCCUCCAAACUUCGUCAAAGACGCAAUUUCGCGGCCCACUUGACUGCUUGCUUCAGACCGUGCGAAAAGAAGGGCUCUCUGGGCUCUACAAAGGUGCCACUCCUCCGUUAUUAGGAUGGAUGGUCAUGGACUCGGUCAUGCUUGGGUCCCUUAAUGCAUACCGUCGUUUGCUACAUCAACAUGUCUUCAAUCCGCACAAAAGCUCGUUGUCAGUGCCCUCCGUACCUCUGCCGACCAUUGGACAUGCGAUAGCAGGCAUGGGUGCCGGCUUUACCGUCUCUUUCAUCGCCGCUCCUGUAGAGCACGUCAAAGCUCGACUCCAGAUCCAAUAUUCAGCCACGAAGGCUGGACGACAAUACUCCGGACCGAUCGAUUGCACAAAACAGAUCGUUCGAUCGCAUGGAAUACGCGGACUCUACAAGGGGCUACUCGCCACGCUGAUAUUUCGAGGCUGGUUCUUCGUCUGGUGGGGCAUGUACGAUGUCUUCACCAAGGGCAUGGAAAAACACACGAGUAUGGGUGCACCGAGCAUCAAUUUUUGGGCGGGGGGGUUGAGCGCGCAAUGUUUUUGGCUUACGAGCUACCCGAGCGAUGUGGUCAAGCAGAAAAUCAUGACCGACAAGUUAGGCGCGGAUAGAAAAUAUAAGAGGUACGUGGAUGCGGCGCUGGGCGUGUACCGCGAGCAGGGAUGGAGAGGAUAUUGGAGAGGAUUUGUGCCAUGUUUCCUGAGAGCGUUCCCGGCGAAUGCGAUUGCGUUGGUUGCUUUUGAAGGCGUCAUGCGGGCAAUGGACUAG